AUGGGUAAAACUACGAUCGUCUUCAGUACCAUUCUCUUACUAUCAAUCUUUGGUGACCCGAUCUCAGCCACUCAUAUUAAAAGAUCUCUCAAUGAAAUCUCCAAAGUCGGUCAACAAAAUCAUUUAGAAAUCAACUCGGGUAAAUAUUUGUUUAAUGAGGAUCAAGAAAUGAUGCCGUGUGCCAAGUGUUGGCACCGACCCUGUGCAUGCAUCAUUCAAGAUGCAAUCGAUACAGAUGAAUGA